AUGUAUAGUGAAUUGUUAAAUUCUACCAGUGCCACUGAAGCUCACCUAAUCAUUCAGACCAACACCCCCUACCUGAACAGCACACAGAGACCAGUAAGCUCCUCCGCGUUUUAUAUGUCAACAGCCAGGGUGUUAAAAGAAGGGGAAAUAAAUAAGCCAGAUCUGGUGACUUACGUUGUUCUGUUUUUCUUCCUGCUUUUGACUGUGAUAAUAAUUGUGCUCUUUAUUAACUGUCAGUUGAAAAAUUCUUUUUUUGCUACUCUACCUUAUGACAGAUCACUCAGAGAAACAAGGAGUACAUGGAGGACACAAGCUGUCUAA